GUGUGAGCUGUGCUGACGAGGAUGACAAGCCCAGGAAACGCCGACGCACCAACAGCUCGAGCUCCUCGCCUGUGGUGCUGAAGGAGGUGACCAAAGCCCUGGUGCCCGCCUGCAAGUCCCCAGCCGUCCCCCUGGGCGCCAGCCCCAAAGUCAGCAACAUCAUGCAGAGCCUCGCCAACUCCAUCCCCUCACACAUGUCACCAGUGAAAAUCACCUUCACUAAGCCCACCACACAGACCACCAAUACCAACACACAGAAGGUAAUCAUUGUGACGACAUCUCCAAGCUCAACGUUUGUGCCCAACAUCCUGUCCAAGUCUCACAAUUACGCUGCUGUCACCAAACUGGUGCCAACGUCCGUCAUCACAACCACCACCCAGCGCCAGCCGGUGGUCAUCACCGCCACACAACCCCCCUUUACCUCCAGCAACACCAUCUCCCCCUCCUCCGCUUGUUGUGUGAUGGCCACAACCUCCACACACUCCUCAGCCUCCUCUGCUGUCAUGUCCACCAUCGCUCAAGGUGCAGCUGGCACUGCCGUGAAGGUCACCGCAGCCAGACUCCCCUCACCCAAAACCCUGGUGGGGUCUCCAACACAGAUCCUGGCUCAAUUGUCCAAACAGCAGCAUUCGCUGUCACACUCCCCACAGCUCCAGUCCCAGCAGUCACAGACCUCGCCUGGUGUCAAACCCACCAUUCAGAUCAAGCAGGAGUCUGGUGUCAAGAUAAUAACUCAACAGCUGCAGCCCAGUAAGAUCUUGCCAAAGCCGCUCACCAUGUCCAGCUCCAGCUCCUCCCCCAUCAUGGUGGUGAGUAGCAAUGGAGCCAUCAUGACCACCAAGCUGGUGACCACUCCAACCGGUACCCAAACUACCUACACACGCCCCACGUUAAACCCCUCCAUCAGUGCCCGAAUGGCAGCUUCUUCUGGUUCAGCCACUUACAUGAAAACCACCAGUGGGAGCAUCAUCACUGUGGUACCCAAAUCACUGGCCACGUCCCUCGGGGGAAAGAUUAUCAGCAGCAGCAUCAUGUCCGGAUCCACGACUAAAAUCACCACCAUCCCAAUGACGUCCAUGACCUCGAAGCCGAACGUGAUUGUUGUGCAGAAGACCACGGGGAAGGGGACCACCAUCCAAGGCAUCCCAGGCAAAAGUGUGGUCACCACACUGCUCAACACGGGGGGUGAAAAAACCAUUCAGACAGUAGCAGCUGGGGCCAAACCGGCCAUCAUCACUGCAACCAGACCCAUCACCAAAAUGAUCGUUGCUCAGCCUAAAGGUGUAGGCUCCUCACUGCAGCCCACCACAAAAAUCAUCCCCACCAAAAUCCUGUACGGUCAGCAAGGUAAAACCCAGGUUCUCAUUAAGCCAAAGCCCGUGGCUUUCCACGCCACGGUGGUGAGUGAACAAACCCGUCAGUUGGUGAGCGAAACUCUCCAACAAGUCUCUCGGGUGACCGAGGUGAGCAGCACGUCGGGGCAGGAGGGGGGUGUGAAAGAGGAGGUUCACACGUUCAUAGAGAGCAGCGGCAGCAUGUCCACCACAGAGUCCAUACAAACCUCACACGGGAAAACCAGAUCCUACAUCGAGAUACAGAAAACACGAAAUAAUUAUUUGAACUCUCAGCAAGUGGUUCAUGUUAUCUCGUCAUCCAGAAGCCAGGAUUGGGCAGAGCAUGAGGUGCCCAUGGACACCAGCCCCACCAUCAUCUACCAGGACGUGUCUGGGGAGCCACAGUCUGCCACCUCCACCAUCAAAGCCCUGCUUGAGCUGCAGCAAACAG